UCUUUACCUUGGUUAUAACGUGCAAUCCUGACAGUGGUGUUGUACGCUAAUAUCGUAUGAUGGGUUGACAAGAGUUGUGGACGUGAGUUGAUAGAAUAGCGGUGUUUGGACGCAAGUGGAAUUAACCAACGUAAACCAUGAGCUCGAUUGGAACAGGUUACGAUCUGUCAGCAUCACAGUUUUCACCAGAUGGACGAGUAUUUCAAGUAGAGUAUGCUCAAAAAGCAGUAGAGAAUAGUGGAACAGCUGUUGGUUUGAGAUGCAAAGAUGGAGUGGUUUUGGCCGUUGAAAAAAUUAUAACAUCAAAAUUGUUUGAACCAGAUGCAAAUAAACGUAUAUUCACUGUAGACACUCAUGCUGGCAUUGCAUGUGCUGGUCUUCUCGCUGAUGCUAGAGCAAUAGUAGAGGUGGCAAAAAUUGAAUCCUCAAAUUUCAGAGCUGAAUAUGGUGUACCCAUUCCAUGUAAGUACUUAGCCGAACGAGUUAGCCAUUAUCUUCACGCUUACACAUUGUACUCUGCUGUACGACCUUAUGGUUGCUCAAUCAUCUUAAGUGCUUUCGACAAGGAUGGGCCUCAGCUGUAUAUGAUAGAUCCUGCUGGGAUGUGCAGU